AGUAGAGCUAACCAAAUAAAAACUUGUUAGCCUUUUCACGUAUCUUGUUUCUAACAAUAACUCUAUUUCCCAAUGGCCCCUGUACCCAUUUCUCAGAUCAAAGUUGGGCAUAUAGAUGAUGUCCAAGAACUAAGAAGGUCAAAACCCACCAUAAUUCCUGAAAGGUUUGUAAGAGACAUGAGUGAAAGGCCAACACUGCAGACCACUGCUCUAUCAUCAUCCGGUAGCAUUCCCAUUGUCGAUUUCUCCAAGCUUUCAAAAGGAAACAAAGAUGAAUUCCAAGAUGAAAUUUCACAGCUUGCUACAGCAUGUGAGGAGUGGGGUUUUUUUCAGGUAAUAAAUCAUGGGAUUGACUGGAGUUUGCUUGAGAACAUAGAGAAGGUAUGUAAGGAAUUCUUCAUGCAACCUCUGGAGGAGAAACAGAAAUAUCCAAUGGCUCCUGGAACUGUACAAGGAUAUGGACAAGCUUUUGUCUUCUCAGAGGACCAAAAACUGGACUGGUGUAAUAUGUUCGCUCUUGGGAUUGAACCCCAGUUUAUAAGGAACCCAAUACUGUGGCCAAAAAAGCCAGCUAACUUUAGUGAAACUGUGGAGGAUUACUCAAAAGAAAUAAGGAAAUUAGGCCAGAAUCUUUUAAAAUAUAUAGCCUUGAGCCUUGGCCUGAAAGGAGAUGUUCUUGAUGAGAUGUUUGGUGUGGCUGUGCAAGCUAUAAGGAUGAAUUACUACCCUGCAUGUUCUAGACCUGACCUUGUUUUGGGUCUAAGCCCUCAUUCAGAUGGAAGUGCUCUCACAAUUCUUCAAGAAGGGAAAGGAAGUUCAGUAGGACUUCAAAUCCUUAAGGACAACGAAUGGGUUUCUGUUAGGCCUAUUCCAAAUGCACUUGUUAUAAACAUUGGUGAUACUAUAGAAGUUCUUACAAAUGGAAAAUACAAGAGUGUCGAGCACAGAGCAGUUACUCACAAGGAGAAAGACCGGUUUUCGAUUGUCACAUUUUACGCUCCUAGCUAUGAAAUAGAACUUGGUCCAAUGCCUGAACUGGUGGAUGAAAACAAUCCAUGCAAAUAUAGAAGAUACAAUCAUGGAGAGUACAGUAAACACUAUGUAACAAACAAGUUGCAGGGCAAGAAAGCCCUCGACUUUGCCAAGAUUCCAAACAAUAGCUCAAACUAAGGUCCCACAUUGGGGAUACCCAUCAUUAAGACUGUACCAAAAAAUAUGAGAAAGUUUAUGUUUCGGUUCCCUAAACUUUGCCAGUAAAAAAUAUAUAGACCAAAACAGUAGCUAAGAAGAAGGUUAUGUAUGUCAAAUCCAUGUUUAAAUUAUUAAUGGAAAACACUGUUUUGGUACUAGAACUCUUUGAUUGUACAAACCCCACCAAUAUAACAUGAAUUAGUGGUGUCUUCUUGUCUAUGA